AUGUCUCCCACUACCUUGGAACAAGCCUUUUCCAAGGACUCAUCAUCGACCGCCAUCAUCGUCCCCGGUGCACCAGCCUUGACCGUUUCCUACAAGAAGCUGGCCGCAGAUGUGAAAGCGUUCCAGCAGCAACUGGCCAAGGUCGGCGUAUCUGCCGAGGCGGCUGUGUCCAUUGCGCUGCCCAACACGUACGAGUUCAUCGUAUCCUUCAUCGCUGCAUCUUGGCAGAGAGCCAUCGCUGCCCCGUUGAACCCAGCCUACAAGCAAUCCGAGUUCGAGUUCUACAUCGAUGACCUGAGCUCGGCGAUUGCGCUCGUCCCCAAAGGCGCGUUUGCUCAAGACGCAGCGGCGGUCCGAGCUGCAAGGAAGUACAAUGCAGCGAUUGCAGAGUGCUACUACAACGGCAGCGAGGUUGUCUUGGACGUAAAGGAGGCCGGAAAGCUCGCGGGUAAAGCUUCGCCGGUUCUCUCGGCACAGCCUGAGGAUGUCGCGCUCGUAUUGCACACCAGCGGUACGACUGGACGCCCCAAGGCUGUUCCGCUCACGCACCGCAAUCUGUUGCGCACCAUGAAGAACAUCCAGGCCACCUACGAACUGUCUUCCAAGGACCGCACUAUGUUGGUCAUGCCUCUCUUCCACGUCCACGGUCUUCUUGCUGGCUUCCUUGCUCCUUUGGCGUCCGGCGGCUCUGUCAUUGUACCGCUCAAGUUCUCUGCCUCUGAGUUCUGGAAAGACUUCCAGGAGCACAAGGCAAAUUGGUACACGGCCGUUCCCACCAUCCAUCAAAUCCUGUUGAAGAGUCCUCUCCCGAGCCCCAUGCCGCAUAUCCGUUUCAUCCGAUCAUGCUCCAGCCCACUUUCCCCAAAGACGUUCCACGAACUUGAAAAGGCACUCAACGCGCCCGUCUUGGAGGCUUAUGCCAUGACCGAAGCCUCGCAUCAGAUGACCAGCAACCCUCUUCCACCAGGCCAGCGCAAACCCGGCAGUGUGGGAAUUGGUCAGGGUGUCGAGGUCAAGAUCCUCGAUGAUGCCGGUAACGAGGUGCCUCAGGGCAAAGAAGCAGAAAUCUGCAUCCGAGGCGAGAAUGUUACCAAAGGGUAUCUCAACAACCCCGCCGCUAAUGCUUCAUCUUUCACAAAGGGUGGCUUUUUCCGCACUGGAGAUCAAGGCAAGAAAGAUGCCGACGGUUAUGUCAUCAUCACUGGCCGAAUCAAGGAGUUGAUCAACAAGGGUGGUGAGAAGAUUAGCCCAAUCGAACUUGAUAACGUCAUCGCACAGCAUCCCGCCGUCUCUGAGGCUGUGAGCUUUGCUGUUGAGGACGAGAUGUACGGCCAAGAUAUCGGCCUAGCAAUUGUGGUCAAAGAGGACAAAACACUCUCUGCCGGAGAGCUGAAGACAUGGUUGACAGAUCGUGUUGCCAAGUUCAAACUCCCAAAAGAGAUAUUCUUCACCGACAUCAUGCCCAAGACCGCGACCGGUAAGAUACAACGACGUCUUGUCGCCGAAGCUAUGCUCAAGCAGAAACAACCCAAGCUAUAG